CGAAACAGCUGACAGUCAACUCAAGACUGUUUAUCUAAUUGUCUUAAUUUUGUUUGAUAUUUCUAAAUCUUGAAUCAUUAAAAUGCAUAAGUUUUACCAGACUGCCCUUGUUGUCUGUACAUUUUGCUGUGUGCUCACGCAAAUCGCCAGUCAAGAGCCUAACAACCAACUUCCCGAAAAGUAUGUGGAAUCUGUACAGCGUUCGACUCACACCAACAACUGGGCUGUGCUAGUAGAUGCGUCACGUUUCUGGUUCAACUACCGCCAUGUGGCCAAUGUGUUGAGUAUCUAUCGUUCUGUAAAGCGGCUGGGCAUACCGGACUCCCAGAUUAUACUUAUGUUGGCUGAUGAUAUGGCUUGCAAUGCACGCAACCCACGCCCUGGUCAGGUGUACAAUAAUGCGAAACAACAUAUAAAUGUUUAUGGUGAUGAUGUGGAAGUGGAUUAUCGUGGCUAUGAAGUGACUGUAGAGAAUUUUGUACGUCUACUGACGGGUCGUACGCAAAAUGGUACAGCUCGUUCGAAAAAAUUGCUUACCGAUGCUGGCAGUAAUGUUUUGAUUUAUUUGACUGGACACGGUGGUGAUGGUUUUCUCAAAUUUCAAGAUUCGGAAGAGAUUACCAGUCAAGAAUUAGCCGAUGCUGUGGAGCAAAUGUGGGAAAAGAAGCGUUACAAUGAGCUAUUUUUCAUGGUAGAUACCUGCCAGGCGGCUUCGCUGUAUGAGAAAUUCACUUCACCUAAUGUGCUGGCGGUGGCAAGCAGUUUGGUGGGUGAGGAUUCCUUAUCGCACCACGUUGAUCAGUCUAUUGGCGUAUAUAUGAUUGAUCGCUAUACCUACUACGCGCUGGAGUUUUUGGAAAAAGUGCAACCCCACAGCAAAAAGACAAUGGACGAAUUUCUUCAAGUUUGUCCCAAACGCGUUUGUAUUUCAACAGUUGGCGUACGCAAAGAUCUCUAUAGACGUGAUCCCAGUAAGGUGCCUAUAACAGACUUUUUUGGUUCCAUACGUCCCACACAAAUUUCAACUGGGCGUGUUAAUAUAACGCUAGCUGAAGAAGAGGAUUUCAUUAACGCUGCUAUUGCCGCUGAAGAAGAAGCCGCUCAGCGUAGUACUUUCAAAGUUGAAUUUCCAUCACAAUUCCCUACAGAAUUAUUUAAAUAAAAUAUGCACAUAAAUAAGACUGAAAA